AUGAGUUUUGACGCUCAAAUUACACUAAACUUUCAUUUAUAUGUAGGUUCUAAGAGGCUGCCUGCUCCCAGUAGAAUCCCUGUUGCCUCCCCGAGGACAGUGAAGACCUACACAGAACGACUGCAGGAGAUGAAGUCCAAACCGCCAGCCUUCACCCAGCCCAUUAUGCCUCGCUCCCACAGGCCUGGAGGAGGCUCAGUGAGGAGUUCCCAGGUCACAAGUGUGUCACGGAGGAGGACCGGGCCGCCACACAAGCCGCUCAGCUACGUCGAGCGUCUACAGAAACUCAGUGAGGGUACCCACAAACCCAGAGCUGCCACUGGCCGGGUGAAAACAGCCACUUUCAUGAGGUCACACAAGCCGAUCCACAGACCACAGACUUACGCGGAACAGCUUCAGUCUCUACAGCCUAAGCCAGUUAAGAAGAUAGCACCAGCCCGAGGACAGCCUCGAAUGCGUCCCUACGCUGACCCGUACAGAACGGGAGCACCUGAUGAGGGAGACUCGGUUAUCAGCGACUGGUCAAUGGAUGAUGAUGUCAAACGUUUGCUGUACGAGGAUGAUGCUAGCUCAGCAAUGCCUGGUCAGUCUGUUGACCAUCCGAUGUCACGAAUGUCUGGCAUGGACUACCCAAUGUCCGAGGGCGUGUCCGACUACUAUGAUGUGAUUAUGGACAGUAACGAGUACGUGGAGUCCGUAGACAUUGACGAAAUCAACAGGAUUGCUUACGCUGCAUCUGUGAGCUCCGGCAGUGUUAUGAGUGUAAUUGACUGGGACGCCAUUGAUAACCUUAUCUCGGACGUUAAGUAGAGAAGUGAUAAGUCAGAGAAAUGAUAAAACAACAUCUCUUUAUGUCGAGGGUGAUCUCAAAAUAUCCAAGAAUUCUCAUCUCAGCUGUUAAAGGGAACAAGGGAGAGAUCAAACUUUAACAUGAGGUGAAAACAUAGGUUGAGAUCAGAGAUAUAUUGUGUGAAACAAUGUAUCACAUUUCCUCAAGUGUGUAUAGAACUCUUAAAGGAAUUUUCAUGAAAUUGAUUAAGAUCAAAUGAAGGUGGAAUUGAUACUUUAACUGAUUUGAUUUCCUAAGGAAAAACGAUUGAGCAUUAAGAGUUUAAAUGACGUGUUAUGCUAAGGGCUGUUCCAGAAUUAAGUAUAUGGGAGGAGGGGGAAAGGACAGGGAGGCAUACCAUCCACAAUAUGUUUUUCCUGGCGUACAUUUAUAUACAAAUGUCAAUACUUGGACCCCACCACCUAUAUAUUUUAUCUGGAAUAGCCUUGAUAUAAUAAGUUCAAUUUAAUUUAUGUGAUUCUUGAAACCACAGACAGUGAUAGUGUCCUGGAUUUAUUUCUGGAUAUAUUUUAAAUAAUCACAAGGACACUUAUCAAACAUCGGAGUCAGUGAUACUGUGUGUAGUUUAUGUACGUGAGAACCGGCAGCCUAACACUUAGCUGAGUAUUAACAUGACGUCCUAUGUCUUUAUUCAGCAAGGUGUUUCUACAAUACAUAUUCCUCAAACUUUAUAUCUUGCCAGGUUACGGCAUGAAACUAUCUGUGAUAUGAAAGAUAAAAUAAAUCUAUCAAACAUAAUUUUGUAAUUAUAAAUGUUGGAUCAGAUGUGUACCAGUGUAUGUUUGUGAUGAGUGUAUGCUUAUUAAUGGUUGAUUUUGUAUCUAUUUAUAGUAGAUCUCUGUGACAUGCUAGUAAAACCACAAUUCACUUAACAGGCAAAUUGAACGAUAACAGGCAAAUUGAACGAUACAACCUGUCUAGAAAGCCCAAGUUACCUCUUAUUCCAAAUUCAGUUUGUCUGUGUCUUGUGGUCCUGUAUGAUAGGUUUAAAAUUGAAUGUACUUUUAUUGGCUAGCUAGUUAGAUCACAUGAAACAGUGUAUUAUUUAUGUUUUAGCGGUAGAAUCCGUCCUUGUUUUGAACGUUUAUUGUUUUAAUGUUUUAGUGGAGGAUUCCGUCCAUGUUUUGAUGUUUUAGGGCCUAAGUAUUUAAGAGGUAGAUUCCAUCCAUGCUUGAUUGCAGAUUCUUGUAUUUACAUCAAUCAUGUUGGAAAAAACAACAUUUCAUAUAUUACGCAAGAUAAUUCAAGUUUACUUGUGUUUAUUAGAUUUCUAUUUUAUUUAUU